AAAUUUUUGUGAGCACACCAACGUUAACACACUUAUCGCUUUUUAUUCCCACGCAGUAUCAAUUGAAGUCAUACAUCAAUAAAUCAAAUUCUGAUUAUCGCUUGUCUUUAAACUCAAUUACAUUUUUAUUUGAUUACCCAGUGAGCUGGCUUGAGUUGUAGCAAUGUUUUCUGAAAUGUUCAUUCAAAAAAUGAGUACAAAUCAGACUUUAUCAUUAUUUUAUGAAGAACAAGAUUCGGUAAUCAGAAAAUAUUUGAUUUCAACUUUAAUCUUACCGAUUUUAACGAUUCCCAUCUAUAUUGAAGGGAUUUAUUGUUUGUAUUUUAGUACUGAUCAACUCCAACAACAUUAUACAUCGGUUUUGAAAAAUCAUGUUUUUCUAAAUUUUAUUGGGGAAAUAUUUGGGUUCUAUUUAAUGCGUCCAGUAGUAAUACUUCCAGUUGUCGGUUUGAAUUCUGAAGGAUUGCUGGGAUAUUUCAACUUUCACACAUUUUUUCAAUUAAUUCUUGUAUUCCUUUUAUAUCAAGUCAAUGCGUGCACAAUGAUACAUUUGUUAAUUAUUCGACUAAAAAGUGUUCUACCAAUAACAUUUCAAUAUUACAAACUUUCAAUUAGAUUUGGACAUUUGUUCGUAUAUGGGACUUAUAUUUCAUCCGUGUGCUCUCUUUCCAAUUUUGCAUUGCUUUAUGAAAACCAGGAUAAUGCGAAAUUUUUCUGGUACAAAUUAUUGGCUGGAAAUAUGCCAGCGAGGUUUUGGUCGGAAAGUUAUGUAGUGGCUAGUGGCAGUUACUUUCGGUUCUCCUUAUUUUUGAAACUCUGCAGUAUUAGUCUUUUCUUGUAUAUUAUUGCUUGCAUUUUCAUUCCAGUAGUUGCUUUUCAAAUUUUAAACAGAAUGAAGCAUAGGCUAUCACGACAUGUGGUUCAAGCUCAAAAAAUGUCUAUCAAAGCACUGCUGUUUCAGAUAUCCAUCAUCGUCAGUUUUUUAUUAUUCCCGUUCUCUACUUUUAUUGUUGGCCUGGAAAUGCGAGUCAACAACCCAUUGGUGGUUGCAAUAUCUCUUACUUUCGCAAUGGUCCAUGGAGCCGCAGCGACUUUGGCAAUGAUCAUUGCAAAUAAACCACAUAGAACAAUUUUCCUAUCGCAUCUAAAAUACGGAGUUUCAAUUAUAACGUGUUCAAUUAAUUCCAAAGAUGAAAAAGCUUGCCGCUCCUUGUCAACUAUUUCAAAUCAUUUUGUGGUUUCACUUUGAUUUUUUUCAGUAGAUGUUUCUUGAGAUUUUGGAUAUUUCUCUCAGUUCCAAAAAUGUCCAAAUUUUUAAUAAAAUUGUGAAUAAAUAUGU